AUGAGUAGACUUGGGAGUAUUCUAGGGAUAUCAAGUUUGUGGAAUUUGAGGACAUUAGGACUACGAGGUGGUUUGCUGUUAGAUGUGAGCUUAGUGAAGGAGCUGGAACUUUUGGAACAUCUACAAGUUGUAACCAUAGAUAUAUCAUCGCCUUUGGUUGUGGAGCCAUUGUUAUGGUCUCAAAAGUUGGUAAAGUGUAUCAAAGAAGUUGAUUUUAAGUACCUUGAGGAAGAAGCAAUAAGAGUCUUGGCUUUGCCAAGUUUAGUCAAUAUCCGUAGGCUUAGCAUUAAAAGGUGUGGAAUGAAUGAGAUAGUGAUAGAGAAGACAGUUCUAGCAGCUCCAUACUUCCCAAACCUCUCUAAAGUCUUUAUAAGUAAAUGUCAUGGACUUAAGGAUUUGAGUGGCUGUUGUUUGCUCCAAAUCUUACUUUUCUUGAAGUUGGUUUCUCAAAGCAAAUAG